AUGGCUGAAUCAAUAGACGCCGUCUCCGUUGACAUGGAGAAGAUCUAUCUCGGCGGAAAGGAACAUUUUAUUCGAACUGGCUGUGGUUCUGUGUCCGUUAUAGUCUGUGGGGACCAAGAUAAGCCUGCACUUAUCACGUAUCCUGAUUUAGCUCUAAAUCAUAUGUCUUGUUUCCAAGGGUUAUUCUCUUGUCCUGAAGCAGCUUCUUUCCUGCUCCACAACUUCUGCAUAUACCAUAUUGGUCCUCCUGGUCAUGAGUUAGGAGCUGCUUCGAUUAGUCCUGAUGAUCCUGUGCCUUCUGCUGACGACUUGGCAGAUCAGAUCCUUGAAGUUCUAAAUUUUUUCGGGCUUGGUGCAGUUAUGUGCAUGGGAGUGACAGCGGGUGCUUAUAUCCUUUCCUUAUUUGCUACGAAAUAUAGGAAACGCGUUCUUGGUUUGAUACUUGUAUCUCCAUUAUGCAGAGCACCAUCUUGGACCGAAUGGUUUUAUAAUAAGGUGAUAUCAAAUAUGCUAUAUUUCUAUGGGAUGUGUGGUUUGCUAAAGGAGCGUUUGCUUCAGCGUUACUUUAGUAAGGAGGUUCGUGGUAGUGCUGAAGUUCCGGAGUCGGAUAUAGUUCAAGCAUGCAGAAAGUUGUUGGAAGAGAGGCAGAGCUCAAAUGUUUGGAGAUUUCUUAAAGCAAUUAAUCGGAGACCUGACAUAACUGAAGGCUUGAAGUCACUAAGGUGUCGCACUCUCAUUUUUGUUGGGGAUAGCUCUCCUUUCCACCGUGAGGCUCUCCACAUGAUCUCAAAGUUGGAUAGAAGAAAUAGUGCCUUAGUAGAGGUCCAGGCUUGUGGAUCGAUGGUGACAGAGGAGCAGCCACAUGCAAUGUUGAUACCCAUGGAGUACUUCUUCAUGGGGUAUGGUUUUUACAGACCGUGUCAUUUCAGAGAGAGCCCUAGGAGCCCACUCAUCCCAUCUUGCAUCUCCCCGGAGCUUCUCUCCCCGGAAAGCAUGGGUCUGAAGCUAAAACCAAUCAAGACCCGUGUGUCGCUCAGAUUAUAACAUGGUAGAAGGAAAGAAUUCAAAUGAAAAUAAUGCAAGGUGAUCGAUCCAGCUGUGAAUGUGAUUCAGAAGUAAUUGUUCAUUUUAGUUCUUUGUACAAAUUUUUUAUUGUUUAAGAAGCAAGGGUAGAAGCUCGCGCGCGGCUGGAGGGAGGGGCGGUUGUAGAUACAGAAGGGAAGAAUAUACCGUAUCAUAUCGAUCGUGUCUCAUAUAUUAUAUAGGAAGGGGAGGAGACUUCAUUCUCGUGUAGUCACUCAUAAUGAAUGCCUUUGAGCCGUCUUUAUCUGUCUGUGUAUUCUA